AUGUCUCGCAUGCAAGAAAAGCAGCUGUACACAGAAGUCAAGCCUAGCAUUGAUGAAGAUUACUUCGAUCUGGUUAAGAAACCUAACCCCAAUAUGCGCAUUGAUAUGUCCAAGAUCAAGAGCUUAGAUAGGGUCAAUAGACAAAUGAUGAAUACCAGUUCUUACAUCAACUGGUUAGCAGCUGGUAUUCGCCAUGUCAUACCACCGUGCAACCAGAGCGAAGAUCUUACCUUAGACACUUCCAUGGAGAUGACUAGUCAGAAGACGGGAUUUAUCCACAGCUCGUUAGACCACAUACUGAAGAUGCAGGAAGACCUCCUAUCAACUCAACAUCCAAGUUACAGAGACAACCGGCGGCUACUCGACCCCAGCGACGGAGUACUGGACCCCGACGUGAACAGCCCAACCGGGAUUCUUUUCGAGCCUCUACACAGAGAAACAGAUCGUAUCAACCUAGGUACAAGAGCUCCAAAGUUGAUUUUCCCACUUCACAGAAAGGACUUGGCAGAGGAAGAGGCAGUUCCCGUAGGGGCCCCCUCCGGAGAUGACUUCACCAUAAAUCUACAGACCCAUCCAGAUCCUACCGACUUCGCCUGCCCUACGGACAACGAUUUAGCAUUACGGAAGACCAAGGACAAGUCUAUUCCAAAUCCAGUCGAACUAGCCAACCUUACAAACAUCGACUCAAGACUUCCCAAGUUCAAAUCUCAUCCUAUUCCAGGGCCUGUCGGGGGCCGUCUUACGCAGUACGCAGACAACUGGGAGACCAUCACAGACGACUCAUGGUUAAUCGAAGUAAUAAGAAGAGGCUACAAACUUCACUUCUUAAAACGACCAAAACUAGUCAUUCAUCCUACCGGACCCCGAUUCCAGCUAUCAGGACCCAAGCUCAUCGCAGCAGAAGUGGCCAUACAAGAAUUACUCACAAAAGGAGCUAUCAGCACCCUAGAGGAGUCAGACACCACCCUCGGAUUCUACUCCCCAGUUUUUCUGGUACCGAAGAAGAAUUCUUCAGAGAUGAGAUUAAUAAUAGACCUAAAAACUCUGAACAAAAAUUACCUGGAAAAACCACCCACAUUUCAGAUGGAAUCUAUAAAGAAGUUAAAGAAUUCCCUAAGACAAGCAGAUUGGAUGAUAAGCAUAGAUCUCCAAGACGCAUAUCUUCACGUCCCCAUCCAUCCAAGCCAUCGUCGAUACCUACGAUUCGCUGUCAACGGUCAGAGAUACCAGUUCAGAGUACUACCAUUCGGCAUUUCCAUCGCCCCAUGGUUAUUCACCAGGAUCACCAAUCCCGUCAUUGGGUUCGCCCAUAUGAAGCUCAUAAGGCUGCACGGAUAUAUAGACGAUUUCCUAUCGGUCGAUCAGGACAAAUCACAACUCAGUCUAAACACAGUGUGUCUCAUCCAACUUCUCACACAUUUAGGUUUCCUGGUUCACUCUCAAAAAUCAGAGCUAGUACCCACACAAACCAUCACCUACAUCGGCGCAAGAUUUAUUCUCGACAAAGGCAUAGUCGCACCCCCAGAGGACAGAUAUGCAAGGGUACAGCACAUGAUUACGAGCGCACUCGAUCAGCCCGUCAAGUCGAGAAGGUGGUGGAUGUCUUGCCUAGGCACGCUCACAUCUAUCCAAGACCUAACCUACAGAGGCAGGCUACAAUUGCGGUCCUUGCAGAUUUGGAUGAACACCACCAAGAACCUAGAGCUGGAAGCACUAAUCCAACCCCCAGAAGUUCGAAUCUCAGAACUCCUUUGGUGGCUAGAUCGUCAAAAUGUCAUGCCAGGUAUUCCACUAAACUACCCCACCCCCCUACAUCAACUCUACACAGAUGCAUCAGGAGAGGGUUGGGGUGCCCAUAUGGACGAUGCCACCAUUCAAGGGAAAUGGUCCUCCCAAGAGAAAGAGUUGCACAUCAACUGUCUAGAAAUGAGAGCAAUAUAUCUAGCAUUAACAGCUUGGCUAGAUCGUCUACACCACUCGUCAGUGAAGAUAGCUACAGACCACUCAACCGUGGUCGCUUACAUACAGCACCAAGGAGGCACAAGAUCUCAGCCUUUACUGAAGGAGGUUACACGUUUAUAUGCCUUGGUAGACUCAGUGAGUUGCAAGAUCGAAGUAAGACACAUUCCGGGCAAGCUAAAUAUACUAGCAGAUUACCUAUCCCGGAAGAACAAGAUAGUACCCACAGAAUGGUCACUACAUCCCGAGGUGUUCAAGUGGAUAACCCAGGUAUGGGACAGUCCAAACAUAGAUCUAUUCGCCACAUGUCUCAACAACAAACUACCAGUCUAUGUCAGCCCGGUACCAGACCCACUAGCACUCCAAGUCGAUGCGCUCUCCAUGGAAUGGAAGGGAAUGUUUGCUUACGCAUUUCCCCCAUGGGCUCUCCUAGACAGAGUACUGAGGAAAAUAGAGGAAACGGACUGUGUCAUAAUCCUCAUAGCCCCGGCAUGGCCAAAAAGGGCUUGGUUUCCGAGACUCCUACAACUCCUGAUAGAAGUACCUCUGAAACUCCCAGUACGUCCCGACCUAUUGAGACAACCAAAGACGGACAUAUUUUACGGCCGCCUCGACAACCUCCAUCUUCACGCUUGGAAGUUAUCUCGCAUAAGAUGCAAGCAGCCGGUUACUCUGAAUCAGCUGCACGAAGAGUGGCUAGCUCAUGGAGACCAACCUCAUCUGCAUUAUACAAUAACAGAUGGGACAAGUUCGUCGAAUGGAGAAGAGGAAAACAGUUACAUGGAGAUAUAA